AUGGCUGCGACCGGCCAGGAAGCCCGAAGAAGGAAAAUCUUGGAACGGGGAUCCGACCGGUUAGCCCUGAUAACGGGUCGGAUCCACGAUAUUCAGCCUCCUCCGCCAUCGUCCCACCUCCAACCUUCCGGUGCUGAUGCGGAUUCAUUAUCCCAGCCGUUAAUUGCAGACGAUCAAGCCAUUCGACCUCACAUCUCCCAUCCAAACACCACUGCUGUAAACUGGAAAUGCAGAACUUCUGUCACUACUUUCACUGAUCAGUUAUUUCUAUGGGCAGUUUCUCCUCAAGGUGAGGCAGAGGAGUCGGAUCCAAUCUUGCUAAAAGCUGAUCCUGUUGAACAAGUGCAACCGCUUCCUGGUUCAUCUGUGUUUACGUCAGAAGCUGAUCAAGUGCCACCUCUUCCUGAUUCAUCUGUUACUUCAGGAACUCAGCAACAGUUACAGUUGCACCGUGCUAUUGUGGUUGCGCAACUUCUUACCGGUAAACAAACAGUUUCUGAAAGGGCUGCGGCUAGACAAAAUGAAACUUGUGACGGAGAUCAAUGGAUUGGACAUCUUAGUAGAGCAUUGGAAGCAGGGUUCGUGAUGCGAAAUGUGAUGGAUGCUUUGUUCAUGGAUUGUGCUUCUUAUGCUGUGCUUCUUAUGCAAUCAUUGUCAUAUGCGGCCUCUCCCUCGUGCCGUUGUUUGGCAAGUAAUUCCAUUUUGUCUGCCCCAGGCACUGUUCAUGGACUUGUUUUCCUGUACUAG